GCUGCAGAAACAAGACACACACACACACACACAACUUGGUUGUCUUCAGCCGCGAUGGAUCGCAACGAUCGUGCGACAUCUGCUUUUAUUCGAACGCGAGUAAAGCUCUGAUGUGUCGGCAUGAGCACAAGGAAGGAGGAGUGAUUCUGAUCCACACUCCUCACCAGUUGGUGGCAGUAAUGCGCCAUUUCGUUGUUUGCUAACCGCCAUAAGAGAAGAAGAAGAAGAAGUAGUAGAAGUAGAAGAAGAAGUAGAAGAAGAAGUAGAAGAAGAAGUAGAAGAAGAAGUAGAAGAAGAAGUAGACGAAGUAGACGAAGAAGAAGAAGAAGAAGAAGAAGAAGAAGAUCGAACCGGCGUACGCAAGAAUCAUGAAUUACGCUCGGUUUCUGACGGCUGUCAGUGCGGCCAGGAAACCCUCUCCCAUCAGGAUGCUGACGGAGCUGCAGAUGCGGUCGCCCCCGACCCUGAUCUCUCUGGCCGGAGGAUCGCCGAACCCCAACACCUUCCCCUUCGAGUCGGCGUCCAUCACGGUGACGAACGGACAGACGGUCACCUUCGACGCGGCGACGAUGAAGAGGGCCCUGCAGUACUCCCCCUCGAGUGGGAUCCCCGAGCUGCUGACGUGGAUGAAGAACCUGCAGAAGGACCUCCACAACCCCCCGACCGCCGCCUACACCCCCGAGAAAGGCCAGAUGGACAUGUGUGUGACGACGGGGAGCCAGGAGGGGCUCUGCAAGGUGUUUGAGAUGUUGGUCAACCCUGGAGACAACGUUCUGCUGGAUGCGCCCACGUAUUCGGGCACACUGGCAGCGCUUCAGCCGCUCGGUUGCAACCUGAUCAACGUUCCCAGCGACCAGCACGGCAUCAUACCCACCGCCCUGAAGGAGGUCUUGUCUCGGUGGGACCCGUCGGAGGUGCACGAGCCCGGCAGCACCGCUCCCAGACUCCUCUACACCAUCCCCAAUGGAGGAAACCCCACCGGUGCCUCCAUGACGGCUCAGAGGAAGAAAGACGUGUAUGAGCUGGCCAGGCAGUACGACAUGCUCAUCAUCGAGGACGACCCGUACUAUUUCCUGCAGUUUGACAAGCAACCGUGGACUCCCACGUUCCUCUCCAUGGACGUCGACGGGAGGAUCAUCAGGACAGACUCUUUCUCCAAGAUCUUGUCUUCGGGACUGAGGAUCGGUUUUGUGACGGGUCCCAAGCCGCUGGUGGAGCGAGUGGUGCUGCACAUCCAGGCCUCGACGAUGCACACCAGCACCUUCACGCAGCUCAUGGUGUCUCAGCUGCUGCACAGCUGGGGCCGGGAGGGCUUCCUCCAGCACAUAGACAGGGUGAUUGAGUUUUACAGGAAACAACGUGACGCCAUGAUCACCUCUGCAGACAGAUGGCUCAAAGAUGUAGCAGAGUGGCACGCCCCGUCAGCAGGCAUGUUCCUGUGGAUCAAACUAAAGGGCAUCAGCGACACCCAGAAGCUCAUCAUGGAGAAGGCGUUGGAGAAAGAGGUGCUGCUGGUUCCCGGAGGCGUCUUCAUGAUCAACAGUAACGAAGCCUGCCCCUACAUCAGAGCCGCCUUUUCUCUCUCCUCGCCAGAACAAAUGGAUGAGGGAUUCCGGAGACUCUCUUCACUCAUCAAAGAAUCCUUAUGAUGACUAUGAUAUUGUUGUAAUUUUUCAAGCUUACUGUUACGUUUGAAUAUAUUUUUAAUAUAUAUAUAUAUUCGGUCACCUCUGACUACAUCUAAACCAGUCAAUGGUUUGUUUGGCUGAAAUGUCCAUUCAACGUGAUGGCGACACUCCUGAGAGACGCUUAGGAGCAAUGAAGAAAAGAAAAAAAAUGAAUCAUCGCAUUGUAAAGUUCAUAAUUUGCUUCUCUGUCAUUGCACUACACAGUGGAGAUGUUUUUAUCUUUGAUGUACAACAAGUAAAAAAAAAGCUUUUGAAUUA